CUCUCUCUCUCUCUCUGAGAGCAAGUGAUGAUCUGCUUUUCUGCUGACUUUCUGCUGAUUGAACCCAUCAGAGAUUCUGCACUGGCCCAGAGGUAGUUAGGAUCCAUUAAAGCAGCUCUGCCAAUUUCAGGGUCACUGCAUUCUUUGGAGUAAUAAAUGCAAACUGGCUUUACAACAUUGAACUUGGUCUGGCAGAGAGACGUGCACUGCUGAUGCUACAUUCUUCAUAAUGAAGAUACAAGCAAGAAUACCUGUAUUAUCUCAACUCUCAUUUCCACGCACAAGGGAUUGCUGAGAUUACAAAACGUGCUGUCAUAGUGAGAAAAAACCCUCAAAAGAAACAUCUAAUUUCUUGACUAUGAAUUUAAAGGACGCCUUUGUUUGAUUGUCAUGAUCUGGAACCCACAGUUACUUUCCCAUGAUGAGUAAUAAAACGAGUUAUAUAUCAGCUAUGACAAGAUAUCCAAACUCAACCAGUACCCCUAGUAGCUCUGGUGAAGAUCCAACAGAGACGGAUCCAUAUAUUCCUGUAUACGUAAUCUUGCCAUUCGUGAUUGGGAUUUGUAUUGCAAUUGCAGUUUACUUCGGGUUGAGAAGAAAGAAAAAGGACUCGGUCAGUCUUGGUGAGAAGAAGAUGCCAAAUGGUAUUAUAGAAGAACAAGAACAGCAGACAGUGAUGCUUCUCAGUAGAUCCCCCACAGUUUCGAAGAAAUACUCUCCCAUUCCAGUACCAAGUUUGGAACAUGAAGUCAGGAAACGGUCAGCUGAUGAGGGCAAGCUAUUUCGGGAGGAGUUCAAUUCUUUACCAACUGGAAUUCCCGAAGCAUGUUGUGAAGCAGCAAACAGGGAAGAGAACAAAGUUAAAAAUCGAUAUCCCAACAUCCUACCAGGUGACAAUUCCAGAGUGGCUUUGACAUCUAUGGAUGGGAUAGCAGGCUCUGAUUACAUCAAUGCCUCAUAUGUUGAUGGUUAUAAAGUGAAGAAUAAAUUCAUAGCAGCUCAAGGCCCCAAACAAGAGACUGUUUCAGACUUCUGGAGAAUGAUCUGGGAACAGAAGUCGUCAACCAUUGUUAUGCUAACAAAUUUGAAAGAAAAAAAGGAGGAAAAGUGUUUUAAAUACUGGCCUGACCAGGGUUUAUGGUCAUAUGGAACAAUUCGUGUUUCAGUGGAAGACGUCACAGUGCUUGUGGAUUAUACCAUCCGCAAAUUCAGCAUACAGAAUGUACAGCAAACGGGUGGUCCCAAGGCCCCAAGAUUCAUCACACAACUGCACUUCACAAGCUGGCCUGAUUUUGGUGUACCAUUCGCACCCGUCGGUAUGCUCAAAUUUCUUAAGAAGGUCAAAACAGUCAAUCCUUCCUUUUCGGGACCCAUUGUUGUUCACUGCAGUGCUGGAGUCGGCAGAACAGGAACAUUUAUAGUUAUAGAUGCCAUGAUUGAUAUGAUGCAAGAAGAACAAAAAGUGGAUGUCUUUGGUUUCGUGUCAAGAAUUCGCAAACAGCGCUCACACCUAGUGCAGACUGAUAUGCAGUACUCCUUCAUUUACCAAGCUCUGCUUGAACAUUUCUUAUAUGGUGAUACAGAGCUGGAUGUAAGUUCUUUGGAGAAGCACAUACAGAAGCUGCACAGUAGAAGUGAUAACAGUGAUAUCACAGGCCUAGAGGAAGAAUUUAAUAAACUUACUACUGUGCGAAUAAGAAAGGAUCACAUGAGAACGGGGAAUAAGCCAAUAAACCUGAAAAAGGCCCGAGUUCUUCAGAUUAUUCCUUAUGAUUUUAACAGAGUCGUUCUUCCCAGGAAAAGAGGGCAAGAAUACUCAGAUUAUGUCAAUGCGUCAUACAUAGAUGGUUACAGGCAGAAGCAUUAUUUUAUUGCUACUCAAGGCCCUCUUUCUAUCACAGUGGAGGACUUCUGGAAAAUGAUUUGGGACAACAAAUCACACACCAUUGUAAUGCUCACAGAGCUUCGUGAAAGAGAACAGGAGAAGUGUUUCCAGUACUGGCCAUCAGAGAACACUGUGACCUUUGAAAACUACACAAUUGAACUGAAGACUGACAACGUGUCUGAUGCUUUCAGCGUGAGAGACUUCUUGCUCACAAACAUUUCUGAAGGCAGGAAGAACCGGCUCAUUCGGCAAUUCCACUUUCAUGACUGGCCUGAGAUCGGCAUUCCAGCUGAAGGGAGAGGAAUGAUCGACUUGAUAGCAGCCGUCCAGAAACAACAGCAGCAGACAGGCAAUCAACCCAUUAUCGUGCACUGCAGUGCUGGAGCUGGCAGGACAGGUACCUUUAUUGCACUGAGUAACAUUCUGGAGCGAGUGAAAGCUGAAGGCCUUUUAGAUGUUUUCCAGACUGUUAAGAGUUUACGUAUGCAACGACCUCACAUGGUGCAAACAGUGGAGCAGUAUGAUUUCUGCUACAAGGUGGUGCAAGAUUACCUUGACAUACACUCUGAUUAUGCCAACUUCAAAUAAAAACGUUUGCCUUACCGUUUUUUUUACCUUUUAAAUUGCUAGCUGACGGGCCAGUAAAGCAUCUUUUGUACAUUAAAUUAUCUCAAGAAUUUAUUUUAUAUUUUGCUAUGCACUUGUUGUCUUGAAGAAUAUUACUAAUAAGUCGAAGGUCUUUUUAUUGUCUUGUGUCUACGCUUUCGAAAUACCUUGGUUACAAUAAUAAGGGAGUAAUGGUGUGACUGUUCAGUCAGUCAACAUUUUGACGAAAGUAAUUUUUUAGUACCUUACCGCC